AUCCUUAAUUUAAAAUAAAUGUCUUCUUCAAGUUCGUCAAGGUCACGAUCACCAAAGAAGAAUAAGAAAAGAGUAUAUGUUACAGGAUAUUCUCUUAAAGAGGAUUAACAUGAUAUUAAAAAGUUAUUCAAAAAAUUUGGAAAGAUUGAAGAAUUUGCUUGGAAAGGGAAAUAUUGUUUCAUUGUAAAUAUAAUGAAUUAAUAAUAGGAAUUUAAAGAUCCAGAAGAUGCAGAAAAAGCAGUUAAAAAAAUGAAUAAGGAAGAAGUAAAAGGAUCAGUGUUAUAGGUUGAGAUGGCUCGUGGAAAUAAGCCGAGCAAAAAUAAUGGCCUAUGUUAUUCAUGCGGUCGUUCUGGACAUUUGUAAGUUUUAUAAUAGCAUUUACUUAAACAUAUAUAUAAUACCAUAUAUUUUUUAUUAUAUUCAUUUACCAUUUUAUUAGCGCUAAAAAUUGUAGACAUAGAUCAUCAUCAUCAAGUUCAUCUAGCUCUAGUAGGUAAAAAAUUAAUAAUAAUAAUUUUUUAGUGAGUCUAGAAAAAAACAUAAGAAGAAACAUAAAAAAAAGAAGAGCUCUUCCAGUUCAGAUUCCUCAUCAAGUAGUUCAUCAAGUAGAAAGAAAAAGAAUAAGAAGAAGAGUACAAAAAGAAAAUCAAAGUCUUCAUCAAGAGACUCAUCAAAAGACUCAUAACAUUCAGAGUCUUCUGCCGACUCGUACUUUUAAAGUUGAAUUCUCUUUAGCAUUAUUGGCGAAAAAAAAGAAGAAAAAAACCAUAUUCAAGAGGAGAAUCAAAGAAAUCAAGCAGAUGGUAAGUAAUGAAGUACCAGUGAUAUUAUAAAUAAAGUUGAUGUCCA